CCGGAUAAGCGUGCACGUUGUGUGUCGAGGGACGUUCACACGCGCGACUCCAUCGGUUGCCAAGCCGAUUCUCCUCGCACCAGGCGACGAGAACUUCGUACCUAAGCCGGUCGUUCAACGUGGCUGAUCCUUGGACAUGUCUUUACGAUCCGUCUACACGAGUGGAGCUGUGUCUUUGUGCCGUCGCAAUCACAAGGAAAGACGAGCACCAUUACACCGAUAUAGAGGAUGGCCAGGGAGCAGAAGUGUAGGAGGAGGAAGAGAAGGUGGAGGAAAAGAAGUCGUAGAUUAAUCGGGGACGCCUAACAAUCGCGUGCUAUUCUUCGUUCACGUGCUGUACCCUAGCUCGACUCCCUUUUCCGCACGAGAGGACGAGGUCUCUGAAUUCGACGAGGUACCUGGGCAAAACAGCGGAGAGACGAGUGGAAAAAUAGAGAAUAGAGACAAAAAGGGAUGAAAAAAAAGAAAAAAAGAAGGACUAGAAGGAAGAGAUAUAUAAUGGAGACUCCUAGUUCGUGGAUCGAAGAAUGGCGCCACAUGUACUACGCGUGUUCACGCUGACGCUCUUGUAAAAAGCUAAACGUCAGGGCUUUAACUAUACAGUGCAUCGUGGCGCGGUGAUAUAUGGCGCGUGUAUGGAACCAGGAUACGAGACCGAUGAAGCAAGAUUACCAACGACAGAUAAGAUCCUGAUGAUGCUAGGUCGCGCCACCCGCUCUUAUCCAACUUCUGAUAGACAAGCCUGGUAAUACAUGUGUUUGUUUUUGUAGGUACGAUCGAGAUAUGUUUACGCGGACCAGUAGUAUAAAUUGAGAGGAAACAAAGGAUUGAAAAGAGGAUUGAAACUUGCUAACCUCGGAAAUCACUGGUGAUGAAUGUGCCGACACAUAAAUUUUAGGAUACACCGUUCCAUUCGUGUGAUUCAAAUUUCGUUUAGAUGCUUCGAUUACGGAUACGAUGUUUGCUGAUAAAAGCGAUGGUGAAGCGAUAUUUUUUCGUCUCAAGAUUAUGGAAACGCUGGAAUUUGAACGAGAAUCAUCAAGAUGAAUUUCCUAACCUAUUAAUUAUCAAAUGUGUGAUUCGAUGUUAAACUAUGAAAAUGUAAUUGAAACCGAUUCAGGACAACCGCAAAGAGGCAAGUCUGGAAUUCUUGGAAUUUUAAAAUCUCAAUGAGCUUGGGUAUUUUUCAAUUUCGACGAUGUAACUCAAUAUUGGAUGUCGAAUAUUGGAUUAUCGGAAGAUCCACGAUCCAUGACGAAACUUCGACAACGAGAUUAAUAAGUGAGGAUCAAAUUCUGUUCAAUUUCUGGCCUGACCUUUAGGCGAAAAUUGGAUUUUCCGGCUUCCUUGUUUCUCGGUUGCGUUGGUUUUUUUUUAUCAUCGCGUUAUAUCGUUUCGUUAUUGGGAAAGCAAGAAAAAAACCUGUGAUAUUUUUAAGAAAUGAGAAUGGAAAUAUACAAUGGAAACUACGAUGUGCAGUUGGAUCGCGUGUCUGUGGUAUGAAGCAACACGUUGUGGUCAGAAAUCGAGGGGUAAGCUUCGGAAAAGGAACAUUUAUCAGCGCCAUGCUAUAUUUGGGUCUUGAAUAAAUUGACUUUUUGCACACGUCGGAGCGGAACCAAUGGAAAGAAAUUACCAACCAGAUAAAAUCCUGAUGAUGUCAGGUCGCGCCAACCACGGUUUACUUACUCAGCUUUUGCCAGAGAAAAGACAAGAUGGCUGUGUUUGAUUUACCAAGAUUGCCUGCACGUCCGCUCGAUCAAUCGAUCAAAGAAUUGAUGACAAACGAGCGGAAUGGUAAAUAAAGGAAAUUUAUUUCAAGCGUGAAAAUUGAAUUUAACGAGCAGUUUGUUGUAAUUGUAAUUAGGAUGGUGCAAGAUUGCCAAGAUUAAUUAAGAAGCUAAAAAAUUUUAAACUACGAAAUGAUGAAGGGAUGAGAAAAAGAUAGGUUAAGAACGAUUUCCAAAUAUUAAUUCGAAAAUAAUGUUAUUCUAUUAAAUUUAUAAUAAUUUGAUAAAGAUAGACUGAGAUAUAUUUUCAUCGACAAUAUUUAAAAAUCAAAAUUGAGACAAUGGUUUUCAAUUUGAAUAAAGUUCACGAAACUUUUGUCAGAUGAUUCAGUUUAUAUCUUGUCAUGAUAAACGAUCGAUGUAUUGGUUUAUCGACAUAUAAUGAGAUAAGGAUAUAGUAGAUGGCGUAAAAGAAGCAUUGAAAUUUUGAUCGCUCUCCGAUAUUGUUCGCAGAGCUAGGAUGAAAAUUUUAUCUCGUUCCGCCUGCUGGCGGCGUUUUAUUUAUUUAAUGACCCGGCCAUAGGAUGUAAUUAAAUAGCUCGCUUUUACUGCACAAAACGACUGGGCUUUCGGGCAAAUAUUAAUCAACCGUAGAGAGAAGGGAUAUUCCGUUUCGUUAACGACUAAUGCACAAUUGAAAAGCGACCUCACUCGAAUAUAAUAUUACAAAAUACACCGUUGCCACGUUUUAUUUAUAAUCGGGCACUACCAUGCAUCGGGCAAGGUUUGCACGGUUCAGAAAGUUUGAUUUUUGGCAACGACAAGCCUCCGCCAUCGCAUACAACACUUAUUUCCUUCUUUUUUCAGUACUUCCUGGCACUUUUCCCUGCCAACUUCGUUCACCACCACAUAUGUGCAGUCUUCCUAUUCUACGUAUACGUAGAAACAUUGCAUCUAUCUAACACCCGGGAGAUAUAUAGUUGGAUCCUGCAAAUAAAAGUCUAUAGAUACUGCUUCCUUGCUAUAAAAAAAAGCUUCUCGCUCAUUUAGUUUUCAUUUCCUGAGAACCAUUUCAUUUUAAAACGGAUAUCUUUUAUAUUCGACGUAUAUUUAAUCAUUGAAUAAUUUCUCAUCUCAAUUCAUAUGUUCGCUGCAAUUUGAACAUUCAAUGAUCUAACCAAUCGAAGAAAUUUAUCAGGUAUUAAUAUAUUUUUUUUUUCUAUAUAACAUAACGUCGUUUAACAACCAAAUUAAAACAUUAAUCAUUUCUCAUAUUUUUCUUAGAUACUCCGUCUUGCUACGAGGCCCGAAUAGCACCGUGAUACAUCUUGAACAUCUUCCAUCUUCCGCGCAACAAUUUCCGCCUUAUUUAUUACCAGUAAUUUUUAAUAUCGCGUUAUUGCUGUGCACUACCUAUGAAUGUAGGAGAGUUUCGCUACGAAAUUUCUCACGUGGAAACCGACUUACCCAAUCUCUCUCUCUCUCUCUCUCUCUCUCUCUCUCUCUCUCUCUCUCUCUCUCUGUCUAUCUAUCUUUAUGGUAUCACUUAUUCCUAGGAAUUUCAUUUUUUUGGCACUCUUCCCUGGUUGAACCAAAUCCGUCUAUUCAUUGGAUAGAAGGCUGUAACAAGUGACACGGGCUUCGGAUAAAGUGGCAAAAAACGGAAAUGGACGUUGUCGAAUUUUCGAAUUGAAUGGUGGCCGAUUACGAUCGAUCGGUAUCGGUUUCAUGUUGAAUGGUGGGGAACCAGGUGGGUAGAUUUUCGAGUCGCGAAUCGAGUGGCCAGAAGGGUGAAAUGAAUGAAAGCGGUCACGAGGCUCUUCGGUCUCGGUAUCGGGGCCAGUGUAGCGGCGGCGAAGGCAUCGAUUUUCGAGGCGUGCAUACCAAUAUCGAGGGAUAUAGAAAGAAGAGAGUGGCGCGGCGGCCCCCGUGAGAGGCUAUAAUUAAGCAACAGGUUGUAGCUUCUUCGCGGAAAUUUAUGAGCGACGCCCGAUGCGGGACGAUCCACCGUUUCGAAUUGAAUUUUUGAACCUGCCCCUGUUCAAGUCACACGCUUUUUGCGAACCCGCCAUUUCCCAUCGAUCGACCACCGCUCGGGGGAAACGGCAAUUGAUUGUAAAAAAAAAAAGGCCGCCGCGUGAUCAAUAACGCGGAAAGAGGCGCCGCUUGCCAACCGCCGGUAAAGGUGAACCAUUCCUCCCGCCCUGCCCCUAUUUCGGCCAAGAUUAAAGGGUAACCGAGAUGGCAAAUGUUAAUGGAACGGAAUAGCAAGUUCGUUCGCCACUCUUCCCCGAAGAAGAAUUUUCAAUGUGCAACCGGCCAGGAUAAGAGAAGCUAACGAGCUUUUAUAACGGGCAUGCCAAGAAUAAUGGUUUUUGGAACGAUUUUUGUCGGCGUACGAAAGAUGAAGAUAUUAAUCUUUUUUUUUUCUCCCUCUUCUUUUUUUUUACAAUACAAUUUUAAUUAUACAGAUCUCUGCUGUAAAUAAAUUAUAUUUAUUAAAAAAAAAAAAAAAGAAAGACUCAAGAUUCGAAAAGGGAGGAAAUAAAUAACCUUCUGAGCGGCGUCACGGCCUCUCCCCUCCCAAGGGAAAGAAUUUAGGUCCAAUUACAGAAAUCGGUGGGGCGAUCAUCGUAUCGUGGAUCCGAGGAAGGGCAAAAUACACGGCCAAUUUGCGUGGAAAGCCGCGGCAAUACAGCCGAAUUGGAGCGCGAGGAGGUGGAGUCGGAGUUGUUACGCGAAAUCGUUCCUUCCUCGGCCGCGUUUCUAAGUACCCGGGCGCCAACCAUCCAGGGAUCCAGUAAAAGCUCGAAAUCGUCGAUCCACGAUCUCCACAGCCUGCCUCCAUUCUUGGCCGACGAUCCACCCGGCCUCAAUUUUGCAUCGAUGAAAACGACCGUGGCGCGGAAGGGGAAAGGAGGGAGAGGAGGGCAGGAGGAGGGGGAGCGGAAGGCAAAAUCAGGAGGAUGUAGACAAGGAGGAAGGAGGAGUGGAGACGCGGUUGAUCCACCGCGAAGAGGUCCUCUCAAUCUGCAGUCGAUUUUCCCGUGCACCGACCCAAUUUCGAGGCUGGUGCGGGCAAUUUAACCAAGGCCCCUGUUCGUGUGUUGUUCGUCUCUCCCCCCUCCCCUCCCCCUCUUUCCCCAGAUUACCGUAACGCCGAUUUCCUCUCGUCGUAUAACGGUUGAAACUGAUUUUAAAAUCGGUCGCUAGGGGCGCUGACUCUCCCACCACUUUCGCGUUCUACCGCCAUCUUGUUCUAUUAUGUAUAUAUGAAACGUGUGUGCGUGUGUGUUGUGUGCAAGAGUGGAAGCAGCAAAAUUGAGGGAGAAAAAUUUUUAUAAAGACGUUCUGGUGAAAUUUAAAGUUCGAACGAACAAUUUUUCUAGUUCUUUUUUUCUGUUAUUGUUGGAAGAUUGCAAAUGAAUCAUCGAGGGAACUCGUUACUUCGUCCAACCUCCUAUUUUUCGGUAUUCAAUCGACGGUGCUCGUUUAAGUUGUUUGCAAUUUCACUGUGACACCACUCGUACGGGGCGGUACGAGGUGUAUUUGUGAACCGGGGCCAAAUUACCAUAUUCCAGUCCUCCAGGUACGUGUUCCUGGGCCGCGUUUGGCCCAGAUUUCACUCGGCGACUUAAUAAACAGAACCUUUCGCGGCACGUGUACCACGCAGUUUUUCGCUUAAAUUCCCUUUAUUUAUUUUUCUUUCCUUUUUUUUAGGAGAUUUAUCCACUUUUAGGAUCCAUGUUUUUUUCUCUCUCCCUCUCUCUCCAUCCUUCUUUCUCCUCAAUGAUGGCCACGUGACAACGAAAGGAAAGAAUUAUCACGAACACCGUUUAUACGAAUAAAGCAAACUAUGGUGCCGACUAUUUGCACUAGGAAAUAGGAGACAGAUUCCAGGCAUGGGAGGCAAAUAUAAGCGGUUGAAUAGAAUUAGCAUAAUCCCAGCUAUUAUCUCCGCGAGUUUCAGGCCUCUUUGUCCAAUGUGUUACGUGCCCUAUAUAGUUGAAUAAGUGUUUCGCUUUUAUGAAAUCGUCGUACACAGGCACGGUGAGGGGGCAUGUUGAUGUGCCGGCGGUUGCUGCUGAUCGCAGCCGCGAUCACGGCCUCGAUCGAGGCUGGCUCCGCUAGUUACCAUCCAGGAAUCUCGUCAGACUAUUCUGGAUAUCCCGGCUUCCCAGCAUAUCCAGGCCUGACGUCGCCCGAGUCCUCGUCGGGCGCAACUCCUACACCGACAUCGAGUCUGGAAAAUGUUUGCAGGCCAUCCGAGUACCUAUGCGGGACCGGAAACUGCGUCGCCCAGGACAAAUACUGCGACGGCGAAGAUGAUUGCGGCGACAACACCGACGAGCCGAAAUAUUGCACCCCGUGCAACAGAACGUUGUACGGAGACGUCGGUCGGACGUACAGGGUGGAAGUCCGCCGGCCGAGGGAGGAUCGACUGCCAUUCUUGUGCCAUCUCAACUUCACUGCCGCCGGCUCCGAUCUGGGAGACCUAGUUCAGUUGACGUUCGACACCUUCACCGUGGGUAGAUUUUUGUCCUUCACGUCCGAAGGAUGCCCGGAUGGCUACAUGAGUAUACGGGAGAGGGGUCGUCCAGCGACCGGAGGCCAAUGGUGCGGAAGCGCGUGGGGUUACACCGUGUAUUACAGCGAAACACCUUCCAUCAACUUAACUUUGUAUUUGCUCCGUCUGGCCGAGCAGGGUAGCGGUUAUAAUUUCGACUUCAAGCUGUCGUACAAGUUUCUGAGACGGAGCGAGGCGCACCUGAGGUACGGGAACAGCAGCAUGUCCACGUGGCGGGGAGAAUUGGUGAACGGCACGUAUUGCGAUCGUGUUCUCACCAAGUGCGACACGCGAGCCUGCCGGCUCCAAUCGCCGAAUUACCCGGGUGUUUAUCCGAGAAACGUCACUUGCUAUUACCGCGUGGAGCAAAAUCGUGCGCCGCCAGGUCAUCGGGCGUUGCUCGCAGUGAGUCAGCGGAACAGCCACAAGAUACACAUCAAAGACCAGGUCGUCAAGUACGAUGGCAGCCAAAGGAUAUUAAGAGUUUGGGAUCAAUGCAACGUUGUGCAAGAUUACUUGACGGUGUACGACGGCGGCUCAACCUCCGAUAAGGUGCUGGUACGACUUUGUGGAGGUGACGCGGUGCCAGAUAUAGUGAGCAGUCACAACACUAUGCUUCUCGAGUUUCACACGUCGCCUUACGACAAUCCCUUUCAUCCCGUUCCUUUGUCGUUUUUGCCCGGUUUCGAGCUCGAGGUUCAGGUAUUGUUCGUGGACGAGAAAUCUCGUAGCUUCGUCAAGGAGAACAACAAUUGUGACUUUUAUAUAUCCAGCGACGAAAGUUCUUCGGGCAUCUUGGAAAAUCCGAAACAUUCCCUGCCACCGAACACAACUUGUCGAUAUCAUUUCCAAGGGAAACCGAACGAGAUCGUUUGGUUGUCUUUUGUCAAGUAUUAUGCUGCCAGUGCCGAUGCCGCCGCGAGUAUCGACGUUGCUUCCGACUGCAACGCGAAACUUUUCAUUUGGGACGGCGAUCGCACGCUAGAUAAAUUAAUUCCUAUACGUAAGAAUAUUACCCUGAUGGGCCAGUUCUGUAAAGACGACACACCGCGUCUCUGCGAUCACAGCUUGUUACGGAACGGAAGUCGUCACGCGAGGCCUUGCAGCCUCGCCGAGAGCUACGUUUCGAGCGGCAGAGACCUCACCCUGGAGCACAUACUGCGCCAAGGAAGUGCACUUUAUCCGAUAAGCUUUGUACUGCGAUACGAGUUCGUGCACGAGGCGGUUUCUUGUAACCACGUGUUCCACGGCUCCUCGUCAACCUCAUCCACGUCUUCCACGUCCUCCUUAUCCUCCUCUUCGUCCUCCUCCACUCUGCUCUCACCCCCUGCCAAAGCAGGGAAAUUCGCGUCGCCGAAAAGUGUAUUCUUUUAUGGCCGUGGCGGUGCGCAGAACGUUAGCUGUGUAUAUCGUUUCGAGGCCGAGCCGGACCACAGGAUAGAACUGUCGAUAAGCAGAGCCUCGUUCGGGGAUAAAGGAUGUUCCUCGUACGUGGAUCCGUUGGUCAAUCGAUGGACUUGCGAUCGACGCAUAGGCGAUUCCACGAAGCUCGGCAUCGCGGAGUUGAUCGUUGCCGAGUAUCCUUGGCAGGGAGUGGAAUUGAUUCGAGAUUGCCUGUGUUCGAACGUGAGCGACAGGAUCGUCCUGAGAACGUUGACGUCCAACGUGGUCGAGGUCCGAUUCAUGGUCUCCUUGAUGAACGUCACGCAGGAUUAUAGGGACUUUUACUUCGAGGGAGAGUAUCGUUUCGUUGCGCUGGGGGCGGAGACGAGCGAGCAAGGUUGCUCGACGAAGCUCGAGGAGCGACGGUUACGAGGGACCAGUGGUGAAAUUUCCCUCAGAAGUCCGUUACCGCGAGUAAUUCCCGGUGUUGCCGCCGUGGAAGAAAUCCUAACCAACACGGAAGAUCUGACCGCGACCCAAUGUGUGAACGAACCUUGGUUGAUAGAGCCCGAAGACGCGCGAAUUAAUUAUUUGUAUUUAAGAACAGCUGGGUACAGUAUCACGUUGGAUAACGUCGAGGAAUGCACGACGUUGAAUAGAAUUGUCGUUUAUUCGGCGGCCAACACGAAGGAUCGUAGUGUAAUUUGUCCCGAGGUAGGUGUCGACACUGCAAGAACAGUGGAUUUUUUCUCCGGUGGUUGGAACUAUAGCGCCAUUAACGCUACCGUCGCCAUGACGCAACACUCGAGGAGCUUCGUCGUCGAAUUCCUUCAAAGAGAGCCUGGAUUUUAUGCCGUCACUUGGAUGGCUAUUUCCAAAAGAUCUCCCAGUUCUAGCAUUGGGCCUAAUGUCUUCACGAUACUGCCUCACGAGGAUUGUCCUUAUCGAUGCCCCGAAAUUCAGGCGUGUAUAAGUUCUGUUUUAUGGUGCGAUGGGAUCCGUCAUUGUCCUUCCGGUUUCGACGAGGAAGAAACCAACUGUUCGUAUCGUUUCGGUGUAACGUUACUCUACGUGGCCGUAGGAGCUGGUGCUUUAGGUAUAUUUCUGAUCCUGUUGCUUGCUACUGGUUGCCUCAAGUACUGCCUCUAUCGACAUAAAGCUCGAAAGAAAAAAAAGAACGUCGUUUUGAACGUGAACCAUCUCCAUGUGAAUCACACUCAUCAUAACAAUGGUUUAACCGGAAGUCGUUUAAGCGGACGGUAUAAUCUUGCCACGCCACAAGAAAUGUAUUUGGAAAAUUAUGGGAAGGACAGUAUUUGUUGACAAUACGCCAUUGCCAAUAUCGAGACCACCGUGUGAAUAUUACAGGAUUUUUAAAAUAUGCCUACCUCGCUGGCCUCUGAUCCCCCUCCCCUCCCGCGGAAAAAAUGGAAGCAAACGACGAAAUAAUUGAUCGAACAUUUCCCCAUUGGAUAGCGCAUACGCGCGAGAAAAACAUAUACGCAAUAAUCGUACUAAAUUCUCGUAGACCAAUUUGAAGGCAUUUAACAAAAGAAUGGAUUCCGAGUUGUAUCGAAGUUCCGAGCACGAUCUACGCUUUGUCUUGAACUUAUUAUCUUCAACUAUUUAAUAUUUAAUUUUAGACGAGAGGAAGAAACAUCACUUUUGAUGACGUCUUUUAGAUUUUAUUAAAUUCAAGUUAAAUUGGAAUGCUGAGGUUUCGAAUUUCACAGCAUAUUAAAUAAUAGACAAAGAAUGGAUCGAAUCGAUGAAAAAUUCGUGCUGCUCGAAUAAAUCGUGUAUAUGGUUUCCAUGGAAAAACCGUGGUAUCACAGUAGCACUAGGAACACACGUUUUUAGGUUAAAGUAAUGCGUGAUUAUGAAAAAGAGAGAGAGAGAGAGAGAGAGAGAGAGAGAGAGAGAGAGAGAGAGAGAGAAAGAGAGAAAUGAAAAAGAACAUACAGAGCGUGAAAGAUUAUAGCUACGAAGAAAAAAUGAGCAUGGCUGAUGCGUAUGAAUAUAUGCUUUUAAAACGAAGUAGGAAUCUGUAAUUUGCAUCGAGAAAAAAAGAGAAAAUUUUUAUCACAGUCGGUUGCUGGGAAAUGAGUGUCACAAACGUCCACGACGAGAAACGACGCAGAAUUGAAUUGGCGGGAAAAAGAGGGAACUGAAAAUAGUGGCCAGUAUAAAAUCCGCUUGAAUAAAUCCUAUACAUAUAAAUCGCAUGUGAACAUCGGUGGAAAACGAAACUACUGUGAUUUAUUGAAAAAGAAAUUUAAAAAAAGCAUAAAAAACUUUAUGAUCAUACUUUAUGAAAACUAUACAAAAAAAAAAGCUAAAAAAAGAAAAUAGAAAAAAAAAAGAAACAGAUUAUUUCGAUCGAUAUUUCUCACUUUUAAAAUCAAUUUUAUUCUAUAAUUUUAUAAAUUGUCGUGUUUGAAUGACGAUAUUCAUAUGCAAUUUAUUCUAAGGAAUUACACGACCAAGAUCAAUCAUAUGCGUUAUCAUCGACCCUCCAGUUCCAUCUUAUCAAAUCGAUGUAAUCUGCGUCGAUCCGUCGAAAAAUUCCAACGUUUUUUGUAAAAAAAAAAAAAAGCACGCAACCAUCACGACCAUUAACGCGAGAGCAUAGCGACGCCUUCUAUAACUGCCACUUUAGGACCUAUUUCGAGAUUAAAUAAAUAUCUCGACAGACACUACUAUAAAUAAUCCGGUUGUCGAUGUUCUAACUCUAUGCUCCUGCGUUAAUCGCGAUCCUAACCUAUCCAAAUUUCAUAAGUACGUUACAAAGAUGAUAUAACAUAUAGUUAAAUGACACAUGUAACCUAGGUUUGAUAUCAAUGCGCGAGGCUUGACUGGGACGUAGAGUUUGAUGUAUAGUUGAUUAUCGUUUAAACGAAUGUGAAGGAGAGAGAAGUGAACAACAUAUGAGAUUGACAACGCAUACAUUGUAACCUUAUUACGAAAGUGUUAACUACUUAAAAAGAAAAACAUCAUUUCACGUAUGCACACACGGACACAUGUACGAAAGGAAUGACAUUACUUAAAUACAUACUACAUACACACACGUAUGGUAAAAGCGCGUAACUUACGUCUGUAUGCUGUGAUAGAAGUAAGCGUAUCAACAAUCGGAAAUAAAUUUCUCGCGUGAACUUGA